AUGCUCUACCUUCUGCUUUUGCUCCCUUCUAGCUUUCUACUAAACACUUUCCCAAACACCCCGUGCCUCAGCAGUGUCCGUAUAGUGGUUCGUGAAGAGGAUCUGUGUUUUGAGGUCUCCCAUGCAUCUUCCCCAGAAUGCCCUCUCAAUGGACUGGACACUGCCACCGCUAAGCUUCGAGUGAUGCCAUACAAUGAAUCCAAGAGUGCAUAUGUAAUAAAUCUCGGAACUGUCCCCAUGAGCGUCAGCAAGUUCUGUCACCCGGGGCGGCACUACGAUGUCCUCGAAUCGAAGCUUCUGUUUUCUUUAGACAAUGAAGAAUGGCUUGUGUGCAAGAAAAAAUCCCUCAAGAUCCUCAAGACCAUCUUCAGGGAGGGAACCGGCCAACAAGUCGAUGAAACCAUGUCAGGUAAAGUCCGUCGAAGCAUAUGGUACGAGCCUAUCGAUGGCUCAGCUCCCCAGGCAGUACUGAUGCAGAUGGAAGAUGAUGAUUGGAGCUACUACGACUUCAAAUUCAGUCCGGUACCUGGCAUUCAUGACGCUAUCCUGACGAUGCGAGUGGGUGAAGGGGCAGUAUUCUACAUUCCGUACCAAGAGGCGUUCGGGGAGCAUGGCUCAGACACAAUACCCCCUAGAGCCCAGGUGAUCAUGCGAUUCGAGAUCUUCGAGGCAUUUCCCAGCACAGAGGAGGAGAUCAUAUAUGAACAGCCCCGUAAUGACGAGGAUGACGAUUAG